AAAGCCCACACUCAAUCGUUCGAGGGCGUAGCCGUAGCACGUAGAGUACAGCAUGAUGGCGCAUAGCACUCGUAGGGCCAAUGCCAUCCUCGUCGUGGGGAUGGUCCUCGCGGCUGCCAUGGCAGCGGUGGCGGCGGCACAGGUGUCGUGUGGGGACGCGGUGAGCGCGCUGAUCCCGUGCGGGUCGUUCCUGGUGGGCGCCGUCGCCGGGGCGCCGAGCGAGAGCUGCUGCCGCGGCGCGCAGGCGCUGCGUGGGAUGGCGGGCACGGUCGGGGCGCGGCGCGCGCUGUGCAGGUGCCUGGAGCAGUCCGGUCCGUCCUUCGGCGUGCUCCCGGACCGCGCCCGGCAGCUCCCGGCGCGCUGCAACCUCGGCAUCUCCAUCCCCGUGAGCCCCCACACCGACUGCGACAAGAUACAGUGAGCGGCCGGCGGGCGGGUGGAUGGUGACCGGCGGCGCGGCCGGGUGGCGUGAUGUGAUGGCACGAAGGGUUCCAUGGAGGAGUUCAUGGCUGAAUAAAUACUACUGUAGCUACUAUACUACCUGUAUUUCGCCUGCCCUGCUACUACCGUCCGUAGUCAUGGUUGAAUAAUGGUCUCAGUAUUAAUCUUUCGCAUUCGCACCA